AUUGUGUAAAUGCCUUUAGUCAGUAUAUAAAAGGCUGUGAGGUUAGGGUUAGGUUAGGUUAGUUAAAUGUUAUUGAACGCCACAUAACCUAUAAGAGUGUAUCACGUAUUUUAAGUGUGGAAUAACUUGAAUAAGAUUCGAGGAAAUUUGUAUAGGCUUACAAAUAUAUUUGGUUUAAGUUAUUACCAUAGUAAAAAUUUUACAUUACGAAUAUAUUGACAAAAGGAUUUUUGUGAGACAAAAAUAAGCGCGGAAAUGCCGAUCAGUUUAAACGAAGCAAAGCAAAGUUUUGUUGAGCUGAUGCUAUCGUUAAAUAGAUUUGAUCAACAAAAAUUUUUGGCAUUUAUUAUAGAAGAAUGGAAACGUAAGUCGUCUCUGGUUUAUAAUGAUUCAGAAGAUGAUGCAGGCGGCAAUAAAAAAAUAAUGGAGGAACCAAUAUUUAUUUUAAAUUCUAUUGUCUCUGAUAUUAAACAGAAAGUUCCAUUUAAUGCUAUAUUAACAUCUGAAAAUAUUACAGCUCCCUUAACAGGAGAGAAUUCAGAUUGUGAUCCCAAUAUUACAUUGCACAUGGAUGAGUUUCUUUAUAGCGAUGAAGAUAUUGACGAACUUGUAGAUAAUAAUCAAUUACAAAGGUAUUAUUGUACUGAUUGUGGAUCUAGAAGUAUAAAACCAUUGAUUUUGUUAUCGCACUCCAUGUCACACGAAGGAUUAGUUUUUAUAUUUAAAGUUCUACUGCCUAGUUUGAAAAACAAAACUGUACUUGAUAUAGGAUCGAGAUUGGGCCCAGUUCUUUAUGGGGCGUAUGUAUAUACGGACGCUGGAAAAAUUAUCGGUGUUGAAAUGAACGAGGAAUUCUGCAACCUCCAAAAUGAGAUUAUAUAUAAAUACAAAAUGAACGAUCGUAUAUCUAUUUUGCACAAGAGGAUAGAAGAGGUUCCAGAGACGAUCAAAGAAAGCGACGUUAUUGUCAUUAAUAAUUCGUUUGAAUUUUAUUUGCCCAGAAAUGUACAGAUUGAUGUGUGGAAAUUUUUGAAAGCUGCGAUAAAACCGGGAACACUGCUCAUCACUCGUCCGUCAGUCGAUGAGACUUUUAAAACUUUAUCAAUUGACAUCUCAGUAGACAAGUGGUUGAAACCUUUUAAGAAACCACAUUCUGAUGAAUUCUCUUUCUUACCUUACUACGAAGAUAAACUCGCGGAAAUAUUGUGUUACGAAGUUCUUUAAAAGAAUCGUAUGUUUUCAAGGAAAAUGCAAUUUUAUUGAAGGUACUGGAUUUAAAACACUUGAUAUACGUAAGUACAUAUACAUAUAUGUAUACAUAUACAUAUACAUAUGUAUGUAUGUGUGUAUACGUGUGGUGUGUAAUUAUUAAAAAUAUACAUAUAUAUGGAUACAUAUGUAUAUGACUCGUGUGUUUAAAUACAAGGUAUGCCACAAAUCUAUUGAAAUUUUAA